UCUCCUAUUUUUAUUUUAUUGUUUAAAGAAAGUCUCCUACUAAAAUUCUUAGUUUUACAAACAAAAACAAGCAUUCGCGUGAGCCUCUACAUCCUUUCUCUAAUGUUUUGCAACUUGAACCAAACCCAGUCGGUGAGUGUGAGAGUAUAGUUCAGCAAGUUCUUGAUAGGAGGCAUCACAUUGCUAGGUUCACAAGACAUUCUUUGAGUCUUGAUGACUUUCAUCAUUUUCUGUUUUCAACCGAUCUUAAUCCACCCAUGUUGUCUAAGGUCAAUCACGACAUGACUGCACCACUGUCACAUUAUUUCAUAUACACCGGACAUAAUUCGUACUUGACCGGGAAUCAGCUCAAUAGUGAUUGUAGUAAUGUUCCAAUCAUAGAAGCACUUAAAAGAGGAGUGCGAGUUAUAGAACUUGAUUUAUGGCCAGACUCAAACUCACGCAAGGGUGCUAUACAUGUUAAACAUGGAGGGCGGGCAUGCUUAGAAGUGGAUAUAGUUGCAUACGGAGGUUCAGACCCUCACUCGGCUGUAUUAGAGCACCAAUAUAUCCAUUUUCAUAAAAUGAAACCCUGGCCAGCAAUCCCUCAUAUGCCAAAGAUACUUCAGCCUUUGAUGCUUUUAUUUAAGCCCGUGUUCCAAUUUUUAGUGCUGCUUUGGUUUCUUUGUGUUAAAAUACCCGUUCCGGAUGUUUUCAUUGUACAGAUACAACUUCUAUCCAGUCUCGACCUCAAGAAAACUCCUCAGCUAUUGGAACUGGUGGAAGGAUGUCGAGGAGCUCAUGAGUUUAGCUCCAGAAAAGGUUGUCCUAAAAUGGAUGAACUUUCAUUUGAAGAAAGCCGGAUAUGAAUAGGAGGUUACCAAUUUUUCUUCGGAUUUAAAGGGAAAAGGUAAUAAUCCCGGCAUCGAAGCCGUAUAUCUCCUUGAUUGGAAAUCAGAAUGUAGCAAGACAAACAGUGAUAGCUUAGGGUGACAAAGCUUCUGAUAUAUCCAAGGAUGGCAUUGUUCUUGGCACCUACAGAUCAUCUUCCAUCACUGUCCUAUUCGAUUACUUCUGAGCGGCUGGGAUCACUUUCGAGGUGCAUAGUCCCUUAUUCAUUCGUCAUCUUCACUCUACAGCAUGGCAAUGGUGGAUGAGGCCGUGUCGUAUCAAAACCUGGCAAGCCUUAACAGUACAAAGACGGACCGGAAGAUUUUGAUCCGUGUAACCAGACUGUGGUUGUCUAUAUCUGUUGAAGAUGAAUCUUUUGAUGGAGCCAAUCUUAUUUUUCUUGAUUCAAGGUGCUAACAUUGAACCUGAGAGGAGAAUGCUGGCUAGAUUUUUAGGACUACAGUCCAGCAAAAUUGUUUUUUGGUUCCAGAACAGGAGGUCUUGUUUGAAGACUAAGCAAUUACAGGGCGAUUAUAAUAUUCUCACAAGACAUAUAUAUUUUAAAUUAGAAUUUAUGGAAAUCAAAAAUUGUUAUCCAUAAUAAAAAGUGAGCAUCUAAAAUAUUUGUACAAUAUUAUAUUAAUUUAUUUAUUUGUCAAAACAUCUUUGCUUUU